AUGGAUCCCGCACAACCACCACCCACUAUGGGUCAACUAACAUCAUCCACACCUCCACCAAAUUCUACCAUUCCUACAUCAACACCUGAAAUUAAACCGACCAACACCACCUUAUCCGCAAAUACCCAAACUGAGUACACUUUUAGCUAUGCUCCUACAUCAUCAGCCUUUCCACAACCUUCGGGAGUGAGAAGAGACGGGUAUGACGAUGGAUAUGAGAAAGAGUUUGGGGGAUAUGAGGAAGAAGGGUACAUGUAUGGAGGAGAUCGAGAUCAAGGGGAGUAUACUUACGUGCAAGGUCAAGGUCAAUGUGGAAGUCAAGGGAUGCAAGGUUAUGGUAGAGUUCCUCAAGAACAACUAAUGAUCCAACAAAUUAUUCCUCAACAAUUUCCACCACAAGGUCCACCGAUUCAAAGGCAAGUUCAACAGCAACAACAUGUGGGGCAAAUGUUUCAACAACCACCACCUCAACAAUUCGGGCCUCAAAGACCACAAGUUCAAAGACCGAUGGGUCCACCACGUCCAAGAGUUCAAUUGGACUUUCCACGAAGACAUAAUUGGGAUGUCGUUAGAGGUAUAGAGGCACACUUUAGGCUGGUGAUUACCAACAAUCCGUCACCAAUAGUCAUUCCUCAAAACAAUCAAGGAAGGACUUUUGAGGUUAGAACGAUUUUUUUUAAAGUCUACCGAAGUAUAAGGGUUUAG